AUGCCAAUGUGGCGGGUGACGGCGUUCAUUGGGGAGAACAUCAUCGUGAUGGAGACCCGCUACGAGGGCUUGUGGAUGAACUGCUUCCGGCAGGCCAACAUUCGGAUGCAGUGUAAGGUGUACGACUCUUUGCUGGCGCUGUCUCCGGACCUCCAGGCCGCUCGGGGGCUCAUGUGCUGUUCCGUGGCUUUGACCGGGCUGGGUUUACUAAUCUCCAUUGCCGGGAUGAGGUGCACGGCGUGCAUCCAAGGUAACGACCGCGCCAAGCGGAUGGUUCUGAUCAUCGCUGGCUGCAUGAUCCUAGCGGGCUGCCUCUGCUGCCUCAUCCCCGUCUCCUGGACCGGACACGCCAUCAUCCAGGACUUCUACAACCCCUUGCUCAUCGAUGCCCAGCGCAGGGAACUCGGGGAAGCGUUGUACAUCGGUUGGGUGUCUUCCGCCUUCUUAUUCGCCGGUGGGUGCAUAUUCACCUGCUGCAGCGGCCCCCUGGACAAGGGCCCGGAUCCGAGGUACAUGUACACCAGGAACGCGCCCUAUGUGGCCUAUCAGCCGCAACCCGUGGCCUACCACCCUCAGCCGCGCUCGGUGUACAGUCACCCGUCCGGGCCACCGUCGUUCAUUGAGCAGUCAUACCAACCAUCUAGACAACAGUCAUUCAUUCAGCCUUCCAGACAGCAGUCGUUCAUACAACCGUCCCGACAUCCGUCCGCCCGCAGCGCCGUGGCUUAUCUCUGAAAUCCAGCU